ACCUUUAAUAUAUUUUUACUUUGAAGCAUACUUUUCAAAUGUGAUUUGAUCUUAUUUUAAAGAAAUUAUAUGAUUGUCAAUUAAAAACAUAAACCAAUUUUUUCGAAAAUUUUGUUAUAAAAUUUAUUGUACCUAUAUUAGGGAGAAAUUAAUUUUUUUAUUAUUUAUCUUGGGAAAAUUAUGUAUAGAGGUGGAAAAUUAUUAUUAUCUAAUAGAAAUUUAGGUAAUAUACUUACAAGAGCAAGCAGAGGAGCUUGUAAUGAUGUUUCGGGUAUUGUAGUUGGGGCUUAUACAAAGAACGAAAAUAGUGUGGAACUUUUAGCAGAUGGAGCUUGUAUUAAUGAAGAAACGAAUGGGAGUUUGAUGAAACAAUUAACAAUAGGCCACGCUAUCAAACAAAAUGAAACACGAAUAUUUUGGAAUUUACAUGAAAAGUAUCCGGCUAUUUGUGUCGUCGGACUUGGUCAACAAGAUAAAAAAGAUCCAUUCGCUCAUCUAGAAGCUAUUAAUUCCGAAAAAGAAAAUAUACGAAAUGCCGCAGCAGUUGGUUGCCAAGCUUUAACAAAUCAUGGAAUCAUGAAUAUAAAAUGUGGAAACCUGAAUGAUUAUGAAGCUGCAGCUGAAGGAGCCAUCUUAUCGUCAUGGGUUUAUCAAGAAUUUAAAAAUGCUGCGGAUUUGAAAAAACUUCCAACUUUAACAAUCGAUUCAAGCCCAGAGAAUCAAAACAGUUUUAAAAGAGGAGUUAUUAAAGCUAAUGCACAAAAUUUCGCUAGAAUGUUAAUGGAAACGCCGGCAAAUCAUCUGACACCUACAAUAUUUGCAAGUAAAGUGAUUAAUGAAUUAUCCCCAUUAGGGAUAAGUGUAACAGGUCAUGAUCAAUCGUGGAUUGCGGAACAAAAAAUGAAUUCCUUCCUGAGUGUUACACAAGGCUCUGCACAACCUCCAAUCUUUUUAGAAUUGAAUUACUCAAAAAAUUCCAAUAGUAGCAAAUGUUUUGCUCUUGUAGGAAAAGGUGUUACCUUUGACAGUGGUGGUAUAAGUAUUAAGCCAAGUGCUAAAAUGGAUGAAAUGCGAGCGGAUAUGGGAGGGGCCGCAUGUGUUGUAGCAACGAUGAAAGCUAUUGCCGAAAUGAAUGUAAACGUUAAUGUAAAAGCGUUUAUACCGUUAUGUGAAAAUUUACCUUCAGCAACUGCUACCAAGCCGGGCGAUGUGUUUAUUGCUAAAAAUGGUAAAUCAAUUGCUGUUGAUAAUACUGACGCAGAAGGCAGACUUAUUUUAGCAGAUGCAUUAUGCUAUGCUAGUGAGCAAUGCCCAGAAUGGAUUGUAGAUGUAGCUACGUUGACUGGAGCUAUGGGGAUUGCGGUAGGUGAUGGAGCUACUGGUGUAUUUAGCAAUUGUGAUAACUUGUGGAAAGAAUUACAUGAGGCUAGUAUAAUAACUGGAGAUCGAGUAUGGAGAUUUCCUUUAUGGAGACAUUAUAAGGACUUUCUUACAAAAAAAUCUAGUUAUGAUUUGAAUAAUAUUGGAAUUGGAACUAAAGGUGGUGGCGCCUGUGUAGCAGCUGCCUUUUUACGAGAAUUUGUGCCUGAAAAUAUAAAGUGGAUGCAUCUUGACAUUGCUGGAGUUAUGUCCGGCUCCUGUGGAAAAUAUCUAAAAGAUGGAAUGUCUGGACGUCCUACAAGAACUUUAAUACAAUUUAUUGAACAAAUAUCACAAAAAUGUUAGUGUAAAAUAAUUCACUUUUAAUUCUGAUAAAAAAU